AUGAACCGUUGGAAUAUUCUUGGAUAUUUUGCCUGGUGCGGCCUGCUGGAAUGGUUCCCUACCUUGCUUAACGUGCACACUCUCAACCUCUUCUACAUUGCAACAUCGUUGUGGAGCACGGCACAGCUUUCUCCGUGGCAUGUAUUACCGCAAGAUACCACGAUUAUAUCCCUUUGCAUCCUGGCCUUCAUUCGCUUGCCUGCUGCGGGCAUUGCUACGUCAACUUUGUUGGUGGCAGUCUGCAACACGCUUCCUUUGAUAAUGUGCGCGCUACGUGCAAUUGCAGAGCCGAUGCCACUAAUUGUCCUCUGUGCAGAGAUCAGCGGCCUCAUCGCAGCGGUAACUGCUGCUGCUUCCGUGCAGGCAACCCUGAGCCAGCGCGCUGAGCAUAGUAUUAUGUACAAGAAGAUGGCAUGUGACCUCAAUGCUUCGUCAUCCUUACUACACCUUACUUGCGACGCUGUGAUAGAGCUGGAUGAAGAUCUGCGCAUUGCCGAGCAUGCGCCGGCACUU